AUGGCUUUUGCGACCUUUAACGACACCUCUGAUCUCAUUUCAUCUUUAAUUGAUUUCGUGUACCCUUCAAUUUUAGACAACUACAACAAUAAUAACUACUUUAGCGAGAGGGCUAUACUUGCGCCUAAGAACGAGGUUGUGCAUGAGAUAAAUGACAGGUUGUUAGCGUUAUUCCCAGGCGAAGAAAGAUUAUACAACCGUGUCAUAGAAACAGAAAUCAUAUCUGGAGGAAAUAUUGGCACUUGCACCUACAUACCGAGACUUAAUUUGAUACCUUCAGACAAAAAGAUUCCUUUUGCGUUUCAAAGGAGGCAAUUUUCGAUAGUUGUGUGUUUUGCGAUGACUAUCAACAAAAGUUAA